AUGCGGCUGGCGCUGCUGUGGGCCCUGGGACUCCUGGGCGCGGGCAGCCCUCUGCCCACCUGGCUGUUCCCAAGUAUAGGUGGCACUGAGAGGCAGCAGACAAGGUCAGAGAGAGCCCUGAGUGGCACCUUGGAGCCCCAGGUCCUCCAGGACAACCUUCUGAUUAGUCUACCAGAGAUGCUUCAGACAAGUCUGCCUGAGUCCCUAAGGAUCAUACUGGAGCUGGAUGGUGAGAGUCAUAUCCUGGAGCUGCUGCAGAAUAGGGAAUCGGUCCUAGGACGCCCAACCCUGGUGUGGUACCAGCCCAAUGGUACUCGGGUGGUCAGUGAGGGAUACACUCUGGAGAACUGCUGCUACCAGGGAGGAGUGCGGGGCCAUGCAGAGUCUUGGGUGUCCAUUUGUACCUGCUCUGGGCUCAGGGGCUUAGUGGUCUUGUCUCCAGAAAGAAGCUAUACUCUGGAGCUCGGGCCUGGAAACCUUCAGGGUUCUCCCAUUAUCACCCGGAUCCAAGACCUCUUCCUGCCAGGCCACAGCUGUACCCUAAGCAGGCGUGCAUCUGUGCCCACUCAGGCUCCACCAGAGGGACAACGCCACAUUCACAGGUGGAGGCGGGAUGUGGUAACAGAGACCAAGAUUAUUGAGUUGGUGAUUGUGGCUGACCAUUCAGAGGUCCAGAGGUACCCAGAUUUCCAGUCCCUAUUGAACCGCACACUGGAAGUGGCUCUCCUGCUGGACACAUUCUUCCGGCCCCUGAAUGUACGAAUAGCCCUUGUGGGCCUAGAAGCCUGGAUCCAUCGUGACCUGGUGGAGAUAAGUCCAGACCCAGCUGUCACGUUGGAUAACUUCCUCCACUGGCGCCAGACAGAUCUGCUACCUCGACUGCCCCAUGACAAUGCCCAGCUGGUGACCGAUACUUCGUUCAAUGGGCCUAUGGUAGGCAUGGCCAUUCAGAACUCCAUGUGUUCUCCUGAAUUCUCAGGAGGUGUGAACAUGGACUACUCUACAAGCAUUCUGGGAGUCACCUCCUCUAUAGCCCAUGAGUUGGGUCACAGCCUAGGCCUGGACCACGAUUCACCUGGAAACAGCUGCCCCUGUCCGGGUCCAGCCCCAGCCAAGAGCUGCAUCAUGGAGGCCUCCACAGACUUCCUGCAAGGCCUGAAUUUCAGCAACUGUAGCCGACAGGCCCUGGAGAAAGCCCUCCUGGAUGGCAUGGGCAGCUGCCUCUUUGAGCAGCUACCCAGCCUGCCCCCCCUGGCCACUUUCUGCGGAAAUAUGCUUGUGGAGCCUGGUGAACAGUGUGACUGUGGCUUCCCAGAUGACUGCACUGAUCCUUGCUGUGAUUAUGUCACCUGCCAGCUGAAGCCAGGGGCACAGUGUGCAUCUGAUGGACCCUGUUGUCAAAAUUGCCAGCUGCGCCCUGCUGGCUGGCAGUGCCGCCCUACCAGAGGCGACUGUGACUUGCCGGAGUUCUGCCCUGGAAAUAGCUCCCAGUGUCCCCCCGAUGUCAGCUUAGGAGAUGGCGAACCCUGCGCUGGUGGACAGGCUGUAUGCAUGCACGGGCGUUGUGCCUCCUAUACUCAGCAAUGCCAAUCACUUUGGGGACCUGGGGCCCAGCCUGCCAUUCCCAUUUGCCUCCAUACAGCCAACACUCGGGGGAAUGCCUUUGGGAACUGUGGGCGCAGCAGCAAUGGCAGCUAUGUGCCCUGCGCCCCUAGAGAUGCCAUUUGUGGGCAGCUCCAGUGCCAGGGGGGUAGAGUUCAGCCUCUGCUGGGCUUAGCCCGGGAUCUGCUCCAGGAGACAUUGGAAGUGAAUGGGACCCAGCUGAAUUGCAGCUGGGUGCACGUGGACCUGGGCAACGACGUGGCCCAGCCCCUCCUGACUCUGCCUGGCACAUCCUGUGGCCCUGGCCUGAUAUGUAUCGCCCAUCAAUGUCAACCAGUGGAUCUCCUGGGAGCACAGGAAUGUCGAAGCAAAUGCCAUGGGCAUGGGGUCUGUGAUAGCAAUAGGAAGUGCCACUGUGAGGAGGGCUGGGCACCACCUGACUGCAGCACCCAGCUCAGAGCAACCAGCUCCCUGACCACAGGGCUGCUCCUCAGCCUCCUGUUGUUACUGGUCCUGGUGCUGCUUGGUGCCAGCUAUUGGUACCGUACCCGCCUACACCAGCGACUAUGCCAGCUCAAGGGAUCCAACUGCCAAUACAGGGCAACCCAAUCUGAUAACCCUGAACGGCCAGGACCCCAACAGAGGGCCCUGCUGAUGCCAGGCAGGAAGCAGGCUACUGUUCUCGGCUUCCCGGCCCCCCCUUCCAGGCCGUUGCCACCUGACCCUGUGCCUAAAAGACUCCAGGCUGAGCUCGCUGACCGGCCCAAUCCCCCCACUCGCCCUCUGCCCGCUGACCCGGUGGUGAGGAGCCCAAAGUCUCAGGGGCCUUCCAAGCCCCCACCCCCGAGGAAACCACUGCCUGCCGACCCCCAGGGUCGGAGCCCAUCGGGUAACCUGCCUGGUGCAGGUGCUGGAACCCCGCCCCUAGUGGCACCUUCCAGACCGGCGCCACCACCCCCAGCAGCUUUCUCGCUCUACCUCUGACCUUUCCUGAGGCCUCCAAACUGGUCUUGCCCCCUGGACUACCCUACUUUGACUGAAGGAGCUGAACCUGGACACAGCGGAACAGGUGUCUUAGGACACCAGGAAUCAAGCAGCAUUCUGGGGACCUGCCCACAUCGUUGCAGGGAGUUUGGGUGAGGGGCUAGGGACUCGACAGGGUCGAGGGAGGUGAGCACAGCCUGUCUCUGCUCAGAUGCAAUAAAC